AAAUUCUGAAGUUUUGGGAGCCAUGGCUAAAGCUGACAUCAAACCAAAAUCUGUGCAUCAUGCCAAAAAAUGGUCAGAUGAUGUAGAGAACUUAUACAGAUUUCAGCAAGCUGGAUACAGAGAUGAGGUUGAAUAUAAACAAGUAAAACAAGUUGAUAUGGUAGAGUGUUGGCCAGAAACUGGAUUUGUUAAGAAACUUCAGAGAAGGGACAACACGUUCUAUUAUUACAAUAAGCAAAGAGAAUGUGAAGACCAAGAAGUCCAUAAAGUAAAAGUUUAUGUGUAUUAGUUUUGUUACUGUUCUAAUUUGUACUUUUUAUUAAUCUCUUUGUCAGAAUCUG